UACCCAAUUAUAUGGGAUUAUGACAUGGCAUCAAUGUUUUUAAAAAAGUUACUUGGUGUUUUCCCCCUAAAUUCUGUGAACCAUCUUUCCGAAAAGGGUGAUGAAAGAUAUUUCGUUCUGAACAGCAUUAUCACAGAAAUAUUUUUGCAAGUAACUGAAUGGAUCCACCCUCCAGCUGAUUUAUGUGAUAAAUUUCUGGAAUUUGUUGAAAAUACACUUCUAGGCAAGAUAACCAAAAGCACUAGGUCUAAUAGAUCUAUUCAUGAAAAGAAUUUACUUGCACUGUUGCCUUUUAUUCCAAAACUUGUUUCGAGGGUGGACAAUGAUUGGAGAGAUAGUCUUCUGCAGGCAUUUACUCAGGCCUAUAAGGAUUGCAAGCCAGAGUCUCCACUUAAACUGGCCUGCAUUUCGAGGAUUGAAGAAAUGAUUAUCCCUAAGCAAGGCAUCCAGUACCUCAGCGUAAAUGAUCCAGAAAUAUACAAUUACCAAUUUGAUUGGAUAAGUGAACUUCCGUCACUGCUACAUCAGCUAGGUGAUAAGCAUCCGUCAUCCUCCCAGGCUGUCUUGCAACUUGUGCUUCGUCUUGGACAGCACGGCUUUCUGAAUCCUUCCCGAACAUUUGAAGAUGAUUUCAGAAACUUCUACAGCAAAUCUGGGGAAGAAGAUAAUCCAAAAUAG